CCAGAUAUGUGGUUACUCUAUUUACCCUUUGUUUAGGAAAUUUAAUGCUCUGAGCACCUCACUAAAUAAAUAGUGAACUGCUGGAUAAAUCAACAUCUUUAUAAAUUACAUCACUGAACUAGAGUUAAGGAAUAUGAUGAACUUGAAAUAACAUGGCACAAAAAGUUUUGAGCCCCACUCAGAAUAGCUCCCUGCGGCCCAGCCAGACACUAUUGGCUCCAUCUGGCUCAGCGGCUGAGACUGGGGCCCUAGACAACGGCCAAAUUUCUCUGCACUCCCGCUCAGGCUCUCCCCAAGGCAGUUCAACUGAGUGCCAAGUCCAAAGACACCAAAACAGUUCACAGGGUUAUGAGGAAGAAAAGAACCCAGGCGAAUGCUGUGGGAGGUAUUUGCCUGUAGUUUGUACCAUUCAGCUAACAGGAGGACAGAUCAUGACACCAAAGCGUGAUGAAACACUGCAGGAUCACUUCUGCCAGGUCAAUGAGAAAGGAGAGUACAUCUGGGAGAAGAGGGUCACUGGCUGUCCACCUUUUGAUAAACACACGUAUCUGGCUGAAGGAGGGAAAAUUAUAAAAAUUCCAGGCACCUGUUGUGACACAUGUGAGGAGCCCGAAUGCAAAGACAUCAGGGCCCGGCUGCAGUAUGUCAAGGUGGGGAGCUGUAAGUCUGAGGAAGAAGUUGACAUUCACUACUGCCAAGGCAAAUGCGCCAUCAAAGCUUUGUACUCCAUCAACACUGAGAACAUGCAGGACCACUGCUCCUGCUGCUCCCCGACGCGGACGGAGCCCAUGCGGGUGCCCCUGCACUGCACCAACGGCUCCGUGGUGUACCAUGAGGUCCUCAAUGCCAUGGCAUGCACGUGCUCCCCCAGAAAGUGCAGCAAGUGAGGCGUCCUUCAGCUGCUGGCCGCCUCAGCCCAACCAGCCAGAGUUGUCCUCUGCAUGUUCUGCCCUAGUGCCCUCCUGGGCCCACAAUAAAGACCGCGCUCUCAUCUUGCAAAA